ACUGAUCAUCGUCGGAGAAUUCGCCUGCUGUGUAGAGUACACCCAGGCUAGCCGAAAAGGCGUCAAAAAGUUAGCGAAUUCUCGUGUGUCCGGCCGAUAGUGGGUGCCGUAUUGUUGCGUUGCCGCGGAUUGUCGCGUCUCGCGCGUGUGUGCGUACGUGCGUGACACGUACGAGGCGUGUACUUUUCCGGGGUGCGGUGCGUUUGCACAACAAAAAAUCGUGAUCCUCAGAUCUUAAUAUGCUCGAAGGAUCGGCCAAGUUCAGGAAAAAGAGGUGCUCCGCCUGAAGAGAGUGCUCGGAGCUGCGCGCAUGCUUCUGUGCCUGCUCCUUCGCCAUUUUGGAGAUUUUCCGUUUAAAAACAUAUGAUAUUUAUUCAAGUCAAAUGAGUUUCCACGUAUAGAAUAGUGUGUUUCGUAUUGAGGACCUCGUGAUAAGUGUCAAGCUCAUCUUAAUUAUAAAUACGUUUUAUAGCGAGGAAAGAUUUUUAAUUGUACUCCUUGUAUAUCCUACAAACUUGUGUAUUUGUGUUUGUUGAAUAUUGUUUGUCAUUAAACUUAUUGAGAGACUUGCUGCUAUUAAUGUAUUAUAAAAAAUUAAAUUAGGAGAAAUAUGAAAUGAAGAUAGAAUGUUAAAUUUUGGAAUGGACUGACAGAGGAUUAAGUAAUAUUAUAAAAUUUAGCAUAGAAGAUUGAAAGACAAGAAGACGUCUAAAGGUGUCUGAAAUAGGCCUUGGUUAUUUAAUUAUUAACAUUUUACUAUGCCAGCUGUUCCAAGGCCUGGUAGCCUUAAGGACCCAGAGAUUGCUGAAUUAUUUGAAAAAAAUGAUCCGGAGAAAAUAUUUGAAGACUUACGUGAAAUCGGGCAUGGCAGUUUUGGGGCUGUUUAUUAUGCACGAUGUUUGCUUACCAAAGAAAUUGUUGCCAUCAAGAAAAUGUCAUAUGUGGGAAAACAAACUGUUGAGAAGUGGCAGGAUAUCUUGAAAGAAAUUCGAUUUCUUAGGCAACUUAACCAUCCUAAUACAAUAGAGUAUAAGGGCUGUUAUCUCAGGGACCACACUGCCUGGUUGGUAAUGGAAUAUUGCCUUGGUUCUGCAUCAGACAUUAUUGAAGUUCAUAAGAGACCAUUAAAAGAAGAUGAAAUAGCUGCAAUUUGUGAAGGUGUGCUACGUGGUUUGCAUUAUCUUCAUUCUCUUGGAAGAAUACAUCGAGAUGUCAAAGCUGGAAAUAUUUUACUUACCGAGAAUGGUACAGUAAAAUUGGCAGAUUUUGGAUCGGCAAGCAUAAAGUGUCCAGCAAAUAGCUUUGUAGGAACUCCUUAUUGGAUGGCACCAGAAGUGAUAUUAGCUAUGGAUGAAGGACAAUAUGAUGGAAAAGUGGAUGUAUGGUCUUUGGGGAUAACAUGUAUUGAAUUAGCGGAGCGAAAACCACCUUAUUUUAAUAUGAAUGCUAUGAGUGCUCUGUAUCACAUUGCUCAGAAUGACACACCAACUUUAAAUUCUCCAGACUGGUCAGAUGUUUUUCGUCACUUCGUCGAAGUGUGUCUAACUAAAAGUCCAACUGAAAGGCCAGCCUCUGGUAAACUGUUAUCACAUCAAUUUGUCACCAGAACGCGUUCUCCACAAGUUCUAAUAGACUUAAUUCAGAGAACGAAAGCUGCUGUUAGAGAAUUGGAUAAUUUGAAUUAUCGGAAAAUGAAGAAGAUCUUAAUGAUCGAUGCUUGUGAAACUGAAAGUACAGUUGGUGAUGCUGAUGAUACUCCAGACGAACAAACAGGUGGUGAUAGUAGCAAGAGCAAUUCAAUUACCUCAGAGCAUUCAAUUCAUUCAAUGGGUGUUUCUGCAAGUUCUCAAAGUUCCUCCACCAAUAGCUUGCCACUGCCAAAUGCUGAUGCAAACGAUUAUUCCACAGGAUCUGUACGAAAUAGACAUAAAAUAUCAGCAGGUGGUGUCACUGCCAAUCUUCUUGAACAUGGUGCCAAUAAUUUUGCAACAAUUAGGACGACAUCGAUUGUAACUAAACAACAAAAAGAGCAUAUGCAAGAGGAAAUGCAUGAACAAAUGAGUGGAUACAAACGAAUGAGGCGGGAACAUCAAGGUGCUUUGGUAAAAUUAGAAGAACGUUGUAAAAUGGAAAUGGAAUCCCAUAAACAAUUAUUAGAUAAAGAAUAUGAAACUCUUUUACAACAGUUUAGUAAAGAAUUGGAAAAACUCCAAUUAAGGCAUUUGCAAGAAUUAGAACGUAAGCUUAAACAAAACCAAAAUGCUGAAAAAAAACUACACAAAGAGAUUACAAGUAGACAGGAAGCAGAUCGGAAAGCAUUAGAAGCACAGCAAAAGAAAGACUAUAAGGUUUACAAAGAAAGAUGGAAAAAAGAAUUAUCUCAGGAUGAAGUUACACCGAAGCGACAACGAGAUGCUACACUUCAGAGCCACAAAGAUAAUUUACGACAAAUGGAAGCGCAAGAAGAGCAACGCCUUGCAAGAGGGCAAAGAGAAUACCUUGACCUCGAAAUUCGUAAAUUUCGUAGAAAAAAGCUACUUGUUUUUCAUAGUUUGGAACAAGAGCUACUUCGAGAAGAAUUAAAUAAGAGACAACAACAAUUAGAACAAGCACAUAAUAUGUUAUUACGACAUCAUGAAAAAACACAAGAACUUGAAUAUAGGCAACAAAGGGCAGUUCAUACUCUUAGAGAAGACCAAGUUCAUCGACAACAUGCUACAGAACUUUCUAAUCAACAAGAUUACAUGCAAAGAGCAGAACGUGAUUUACGUAAAAAGCAUGCAUUGGAGCUCAAACAGCAACCUAAGAGUCUCAAACAAAAAGAAAUGCAAAUUCGAAAACAAUUUAGAGAAACAUGUAAAAUACAAACGCGACAAUAUAAGGCAUUGAAAGCUCAAAUAUUACAAACAACAGCUAAAGAAGAGCAAAAGGCUGUUAUCAAAAAAUUAAAAGAAGAACAAAGAAGGAAGUUAGCUUUAUUGGGUGAUCAAUAUGAACAAAGUAUUGCUGAAAUGCUCCAGAAACAAAGUAUACGUUUAGAUGAAUCACAAGAAGUUGAAUGCCAUAACCUCAAGGAAAGAUUAAAUUAUGAAUUAGAAAUUCUAAUGGCAUAUCAAUCUAAGAAUAAAAUGCAAGCUGAAGCUCAAAGAAACAGAGAACGUCGUGAAUUAGAAGAUCGAGUAUCAGUUAGACGAGCUUUGCUUGAACAAAAAAUGGAGCUUGAAACUCAGGAAUUCCUUCGUGAACGUAGUGAGCGGAUACGUUUAUUACAUGAAAGACAAGAACGUGAAUUACAACAAUUUGAUGAGGAAAGUGCAAGAAUAGGAUUCAGUGCUCUGGCGAUAGCUGAGGCAUCAAAAGAAUCUUACCCAGACGAUGAAAGCCUUAGUGGCUCAAUGUUAAGUCUGGCUCACAGUAAUAGUUCUACAUCCUUCCCCCCUAAUAGUCUUUAAUUUUAAUCAUAAUCAAUUAAUAGAAUAUGUAUGUAUGUACGUUUGCCUGUAGUGAAUGCAUAACGAGUCUAUCGACGUUUAAUUCAAUGAUUUACAUACAUAGCAAAAGUUGGCUCGUUAUAUGCAUUGACCCAAACCUAAAAGGUUUGUUAGGGUUGGGAAUGUGUAUUGGACUGAAAUUAAUGUAACAGCAUAUUUUUUAAUUAUCAAAAUAUGUCAAUGUGAUCUAUCUGGAAAGAGAGCUUCAUAUUGAAGAAGAACUUAGAUGCUUUUUGCAACGUUGUAAUAUUUAUUAACCAUAUCCAAAUAUCUUGUGAACUAAAUAGGAUUAAAAAGGAAAACUCUUUUAAGUAUCAGUCUCAUCUACUAUACUGAAAAGUAAAUCUUAAUGUUCUUGGGCUUGAAGUAAGCCAGCUAUUAUAGCAUACAGAAAAUUUUAUAUGCGACUACAGAAAAUGUUUAGAGACAUUUAUUUAUCAAUAUCUUGCAAUUAUAAUAAAAAAAGAAAAAAACAGUAUAAUCAUAAUGCUCGAAUUAUUAUACAUUUGAUUUUGACUAAUUGAAGAUUUGAAAUAAGCACAACACAGGAAUAAUAUUUUCGGUAAGAUUUUAACUUAUCGAAGGGCUAGUAUUAAAUAAUCUUACUGAUAGUUGCAUGUGUUGAUCUUCGAAAACCUUAUUUCAAACUUUCAGUGACACUUAGUCUGAUUUAACAAAAACUGAGUGAGUCGAUUUAUUUAUUUAAUUGCAUUCUUAAUGUAAUUAAGAUAUUUACAAAGUGACAGACUAAUGAAAAAAUUUAGUUACAGUAUCUUAUGUUGUAGUUAUAAUAAUGCAUUCAUAAUAGAUAAUAUUUGUUAUUUCAAUGAGAAAUUAAUUUCUAAAAUUGAAAGACAUUUUUUUACUAUUUUAUACAAUUUGUUUUACAUUACUAAGAAAGAAUGUCAAUAUCAAAAAUUAAAUUGAUAAUAAAAUUAUUGUUGAAUUACCAAAAUAUGACAGUGUCCACUUCAAAUUCCUUUCAACAUUAAAAUAUAUUUUUUUGAUUUUAAUUUGAUAUUAUUGCAUAUGCAGCCUUGAUGCAAAUUUCUGUAAAUUAUUUACAUAAUUACGUUGAUUUUUGUAAUUGAAUACAUGAUACAUAUUUUUUAAAACACCAUAUUAUUCUAUAUUUGACAUAAAAAAUAAGAAACUUUAUACAGUGGGAAAUACCUAAAUAAUUCACUUAAGUAAUAAGGUUAGCAUUUUUAAAAUAAAAGACAAGGUCUUAGAUAAAAAAUGUUUGAUGUCAUGUUUAGAUAUUUUAUAAUUAUAAUAUUCUUAAUCGCAUAUUUUAAGAUUAUAAUAAUACUACUGUAUUACUAUAUAAUUUUGUAUUAUAUUUUCAAAUUUCUUAUAAAAUUCUAAUGAUUAACAUGGAAGUAGCGUUGUAUCUUAUAAUGUAUUGAGAUUAAUUCCUAAAUUUUUAUAAUUUUUCUUCAAUAAUUUAAAUGUACAAUAGAGUAUUUUAUCUAUAAUUUUUUAUUAUAAGAAAUAACAAAUUAUAAAAAGUCCUAAAAAUAAUUAAUUGUAAUUUAGUAUGUUUAAAUAUAUCAAUUAUUCCUGUUUUCAACAAUUGUUUUUAUUUCCAAAGAAGUAGAAAAUAACUUAAGUGGUGUUUUUUAAGUACCCAUGUAUAUAGUGCUAUAUAUUCGAAGUUUUGGCAUUUAAUAUAAAUAAUAUGCUGAAACUAAAUAUUGUUUUUAGCAACAAAUUCCUCUUAUUUUAUUCGGCAAAAAUGGAAACAUAUAUGCGAGAUUAAAUAAAAUAUAAUGUAAUGUAAACAAUAUUAUUUUUAGCAUAUAAUUCAAUUCAAUUUAUGCAUUUCCUCAAGAUGAUACUUACCAAUGAAGCAAAUAUCGUUAUUAUUAAUAUAUUAUCAUUAUAAAUAAUACAUUAAGAUUGAUAUAAAAAUUCUACUCUAUUAUUACACCUAACGACUCAUUUGAUUUUGCUUGAUCAGAAAAUUAUUAAAUUAUUUAUACUUUUACUUCCUGAAAUGAAUUUGCAAAUAUUAUUCUAGUCUAUAUAUUGAUUUUGGUAUAUCACAAAUCUUUUAUAUUAAUUUUCCAGAUAUAAAGUACUUCUUCUUUCAGCUUUCAGUUGAUUCGAAUAGCAUUAUUGUUGCUUUUAUUAUCGACAUUUCAGUUGUAUUAUAUUAUAUUUUGUUAUAUUUGUCCAAAGUUUCCAUCCAGUACACAUCCCAAUGUUGUACUUUUAUAUUGUAGUAUCUAAUUUCUGUCUUUUUUUCAUUUAAAACAUUUCCAUGUAUCUUUUCUGUUACAUAUAUAUAUAUCUUCAUCUUUAUUACGAAGUAUUGCAUCUAAAUUCAGUGAUUGUGACUGUUCUACUUGUUAAUAUUUAAAUCAUUAUAAUACUAUUAAUGAUAUUUUCCCUACAAUACGAUUAACAAAAAUAAUAUUAUUUUGGGAAAAUUAUUUCCAUUAAAUUCAAAAUCUUUUCAUUAAUAAUUAUGUUUAUGUUAUGUCAUAUAACAUACAAUAUAUAGUUAUCUACCCAUAUAUUUCAAUACAACACAAUAGAAACUUACAUAAAUAUAUCAAUUUGUAUACUACAUAAAUUAAGCUACAUAUCUCUUAUAAUAAAAUAUUUCUUCCAUGCACUCAUAGUAAAACCAGUAAAAAGGCCUUAAUUUUGAAGUAGUAAAAUUAUUUUAGAUUAUUUUGUUUUUUUAACAUUGCAUCACAAAAUUGAUAAUUUAAUGAAAAUGACAAGCAAUAUUUAUCUAUUAUGUUUUACCACUGUUUACAUUAAAAAUGUAGCGCACAUUCCAAUUUUCUUGUAUACUAAUAUUACUUAUUAAUAACGACUUAAUUAAAAAGUAGAACUUCCAUGAUAUAAAAAUUGAGAAUGUGUUCAAUUACAAUAAUAAAAAUGUAAAGCAAAAAUAGCGACAUUUACAUACAUAUUUAUGUGUUCAAAACUCUUUAAAUGAAAAUGGUCACAAUCAACUGAAUUAUUUGUUUUGUAGCAUUGCAUAUUAAUAUAUAUCUUGUAUAAAUUCUUCCUUUAAUUAUUCUUAGGAGGAUACAUGAAUACAAUACAGACUUUUAAUGAACUUCUAUAAUUGAUAAUAAACAGUAGAGACUAAUAGAGAUGUUCGUGCUACAUUUUAUGUUGUGAUAUGAAUAAUUAAAAUAAGUCAUAAUAUUUCAAUCCUAGUCCAUAGGCAAUCCAUAUAUCUUUUCAUAAAAUUAUUAUUUAUAAAGAAAUAUUUUGACAUUGUAGAUUAUUUGUUGUGUAUAUAUAAAUGCAUUUUAUUUAAGAUAAAUUACUUUAAUAUCGUGCUAAUAAAUUUGAUAAUUAGUAUAUUUGUUCUUAGAGUAAUUAUUCUGUAUUUUAUAUAGAAAAAAAUCAAAUUAUAAUUGUGACUAAUAAGAAAGUUGUUCCAAUGUGUAAAGUACUGUUAUUUGAUUCUUUAUAGGAAUACAAUUUACAAAAAAUAAUUUAUAAGAAGUAUAAAGAAUUUAAACUACAGGAUAUUUUAUAUUUAGAUAUAGAUUUAUAAUAAUUGUAUCAAACUCUAAAGAAGUGGACAAGAGAAAAUGAUUUCACGCAUCAUUAAACUUAAAAUUGAAAUUUAUAUAUUAUAGAUUGUCCAUGACUUGUAAUUAUAUACAUAAAAGAACAAAACCUUUUAUAACAAAAAUUACAUUUAGCUAAUAGCAAUUUAAAAAUUGUGUUAUAUAUUAGAAACUAAGGUAUAAAUAAAGAUUUAUUCAUUAAUGGUUCCAAAUUCUAUAAUUUGUAAAAAUUGGAAGUGUAUGUACAAUAUUUCACUUUUAAUCUAAGAAAAAUAUUUAAUAUAUCCACAAUAAAACUUCUUAAUAUUUUCAGUUUGUAAUGAAUGCAAAUUAACAUAUUUGCCUCAAAAAUUAUGGAUUGCAUAAGAGGACUAAUAUAUGUUCUAAAUAUAUAUUCUAAGAAGACUAAAAUGAAACUUAAUAUUACAAAAUUGUAGAUAAAUAAUUUUUUCUUAUUUUAUUUAGAACUAAUGUUAUGGAAUUUUGGGAAAUGUAUAUAUAUAUAUAUAUAUAUAUAUAUAUAUAUAUAUAUAUAUAUACUUGUUAAUAUUUAAAUUAAAUAUAUAUAUAUAUAGUAUAAGGAGUUAUUAAAAUAUUUUGUUUUGGACAGGUCAUACUAUUUUAUGUGAAAUUUCAUGUGAAGUAAGCAAAUAUAUAAAUAGCAUCAUCACAUACAUAUACUUCAAUUAUUAUUAAAAUCAAUUAUAUUAAUGUUAACGUUAUUUUAUAAUUAUUUCCCUUAAGUGUUGCACGGAUUCUCUAUAAGUCUAAUUGUAUGUAUGUAUUAAAGAAAGAAGAGGAAAGACGUAAUUCUUUAGUCACAACUGUGUGAUUAUCAUUACAAAAAAAUGCUAAAUAUUAAUUUAAAAUAUUACUUUUUGUUGUUAUUAGCAUUUUGUAAAUAUCUAUUCACUCUGUGUAAGAUUUUGAAAUUGAAUUUUGAUUAUGAAGAGUAGGAUUUAAUGUAAUAGAAUUUACUGAAUUCUCCAAAGCUAUGUCUAUUAACUUGGCAAUUUGAAUUUAAAACGUGAUAUACAGUAAACUAGCCAAUUCAAUAUAGGCAUGGCACAUCAAUUAUCAAUUACUAAUUAAUACUUGUAAUCAAUAUAAAUCAGUUUCUUUCUCACUUAUUUCCAUCCAUGUGUGAUUUCUUAGUUUUGACAAUAGUUUGUAUUAUAGUAUAUUCACUAAUAUUAAACUAAAAUGUAUAAUAUCUUUGCAAAUCAAUUUAAAAAUGAAAAAAGAUCUACUAAAAGAAUGUUGCUUUCAUUAAGUAACGGAUGUACUGGUGAAUAUACUAACAUUUAUCAUGGAUAUAAUUUUUGGCUUUAACUAGAUUAUAAUUUUCCUUUUUAGUAGUGUUAUUUUCUAACAAGAAAAGGACUGCAUAAUAUAAUACGAUGAAUAUAAUCAUCGUUCAAGAAUUAACACUGAUUAAAUUUUAGAAGAUAGGAAAACACUUCAGAACACACAUAGGCGGAGAUUUAUGAGAUUUUCGGCAAUAUCUGUAUAUUUUAUAUGAUUAAAAGAAUAAAAUUUUAUGCAAAGAGUCCAUAAUAUAAAUUACAAAAUCAAACAAAAUUACAGAUAUCAUUGGAGUAAAUUAUUAAUUUGCUUUUCACGAAAUAAUGAACUAAACUUCUAAUAUAUAUAGUAUUAUAUUAUAUGAAAUUAUUUUAUGUUACAUUUACUGAAUAUGUAUGUAUGUGUAUAAUGUAUUUGCAAUAUUAUUUGAUAUAUUAUAUAAAUCUGGUUUUUAUUGGAAUUUCAAUCCACAACAAUCAAAUUACUUUAUCAAGUAUAAUUUCGGAUAAUAUGAUAUUAUCAGUAACGUAGUAAAACGUUUUAAAUUGAUAUUAUAUUGUUUGUAUUUUACUUGGUACAAAACAUUAUGCGUAGUCACAAGAUAAGAUUAAUAAAUUACAAAAGUUAUUAAUUACUGAUUUUAAAAGUUUUUGAAUUUUUGCAAAAAUUAAAUUUCUAUUCUAUGUCAAAUGGUUACGUUUAUAUAAGUUUAUAAUAUAAUACUAUGUAACAAUGCAAAUUUCAACUUUGUAUCCUUUUUAGUACUUUUUAAUUUAAAACGUAAUUGAAAAUAAUAUUUAGAAUUGGGUUGCUAUGAAUCAUAUGUACUAUAAAGCUCAUUUAUUAAUUACAAUAAACUCUUCUAUUAAAGAUAAAAUAAAAUACUGAUAUUGAUACAUAAAAUAUUCUGAUAAGGAAUCUUCAUUAUUUCAGAAUUAAUUGUUUAACAAUAUUAAACUUUCCAUUCCACAUUAAUAUUUACAAAAAAAUAUUGUGUUACUGAAAAGAUAAUUGUAAGAUAAUUAAAAAAAUACAUUGUCCGGCGUAGAAUAUUGAUAUAAAAAUCACUUGACAUAGAAUAAUUAAAUGUCAAAACUUUAUACCGAUACAGAAUUUUAUUCUGACUUAUUUUAUUCUCUUUUAUAAAGUAAUAUGUUGGUUAAUAUAAUAUAUAUAUAUCUUGUAUAUAUAUUUGUAUAUUGUAAAUAUUCGUAAUUCGCAAAGAUUUCAUCGAUAUUUAUUUCUGUGUUCUGAAGAUGCUUUCUAUUUUCAAUAUCAUUAAACAUAUAAGUUCUUCACUCUUGCGCCACUUUUACGUUAUUAUAAGAAAAAUUUGCUAUAAUUUGAAUUCCACUUCAUUUCCAACUUUUUCUAUUCUUGAAACGCAUCAGCAUUGUAAGAAUAAUGCUGCAUGAAUCAUAAUUUUUAAGGAUAAUUCAAGCAAAUUAAAUUUUUAUUGUAUGAUAUAAGAUUUCAUACAAAGGAUAUUAACAUAAUAAAUUUUUAUAAAGUAUAUGAUGUAGGUCAUAAGAUAAUCAUUAACUCUGUAUUUAAAGAAGUAUGUGAAAAAGUAACAUACAGAAUAAUAUACUCUAACUCCUGCACUUGAUGCAUUAAAUAGAGGUAAAAAUUGUUUUUAAAAAUAAUAUAGUAAAAGUAUAGUAUAGUAUAGUAAAAGUUUAAGCAAUGCUGAAGUGUUUUAAAUUAAUUUGACUAUUAAUUGUGUUAAGUGAUGAGAAAAUACUAAAUAUGCUUAUAUAUAAAACAUUUUUCUAAUGUGAAAAAUAGUCUAAUUAUCAAUAAUAAUAUUCUUUAUUACAAUGACAAUUAUAAUUUUAUUUUACACACACACACAUAUAUAUAUAUACAUAUAUAUAUACAUAUAUUUAUAUAGCUUAAUUAAUAAAGUUUAAAGACUAGUAUCUUUAUAAGGAAAAUACGGUAAAAUUAGAUAAAAAAUGCAAUUAACAUCUGUAAUUGGCUUUUAUUUGUCAUGAUUUUCAUGUUUAAUUAAAUUAAUAUGUCCUUUGAAUUAUAUGACUGGAGAGGAGGAUAUGUUUAUCACUUAAACUUUAAACAGAUUAGAUUGAUGAACAGAUAAUAAAAAUAAACGAUAUUUAAUAAUUA